UGACACAAACAGGAACUAGACACGGUGUGGCGGAACUAGUGGGGAGCAGUAAUGCAGUUGUAUUGUUUGUCGUUUUUUUAAUACUUUACAAUCUGAAAAUGGAAACAGAAGAGGAUACGACAGAAAUAAAAACUAAACCCACUCUUGAACACCAGGGUGUUGAUUUCCUGCAACAGACAGUGGGAGCCCUGGUUUCGGACUACGGCUGGUACAUCCUGUUCGGCGGUGUUGCCGUUUACUUGGUUAUCCAGCACCUGAGCAAACGAAGAGGAAGUCAGGAGAGCAGUGACCCUAGGGACGUUCCAGAUCCAUCUACAGUUGUGAGGCGUCAAGAAGCAUUAGACGCGUCUCGCCGGCGAAUGCAGGAGGAAUUAGAUGCUAAAGCUGAGCAAUACAAAGAAAAACAAAAGCAACUUGAAGAGGAAAAGAGAAGGCAGAAGAUAGAGAUGUGGGAAAGCAUGCAGGAGGGAAAGAGUUACAAAGGGAAUACAAAACUAAGUCAGCAGCAAAGCACAGAGGAGUCCAGCUCAACGUCCGUCUUAAAACCCAAGUCUGGAAAGAAACCACUGCGCAGUGGGUUUAAUCCCCUGUCUGGAGAGGGUGGAGGAGCUUGUUCAUAUAGACCUGGUCGUAGAGGUCCCUCUAGUGGCGGAUGAGGGUAAAUCACGUCAGUGUUGCACUGCUGCAGUGAACCCUGACGUACUGCUUCAAGAACACACACAGACACACUGUGACUAAUGCUGGCUAAUCUCAGAAGAUCCAAGACUAAUUUAAGGGUGUUAGAUUGUUAAACAGUUAAACUUUGGAAGAUUUUUUUUUUUAUUUAAUGUUUAAAAUAUUUGGGAUGUUUGUAACCAAACAGAAAACCCAUCUUCAGAAGCCUCCCAAUACAUGUUAUACUUCUGCUCUACACAAACAGGCUGACAUCUGUAUUUGACAGGCUUGUUGAUAAUACCUAAAUGGUUUCAAAGGUUUAUUAUUAACACCCCUAGUCAAAAAUCACAAUUGCUCAGAAAUCAGAUGAUGCUGUAGACCGUGGAAGCUCAUAGGUGCACAAAGCUUCCGCUGUUACAAAGUGUUUUGAGGCUUGUGACCUGCCAGCUGCACUGAAUUAAGUUCAUGGGAGGUCUCUGCAAAAACAGAUGAGAGAUUCAGAAAUUAAUUCCCAAACAUGCAGCAAGACACUUAGAUUGUUUUGUUUUCUUACCAUUUUGAGAACAGUUCCUCUUCAUAUAGAUUCUUUCCAAUUAAUGCAAAAUACUUUUGGAAAGGGGAGACUAACCUUAUCCAAAGAGAAGUAAUGUAUUUACACUUGACUUAAGACUACUGCUUUUUAAACACAUGGUUGUUUAAAAAGUAAGUUUCCCACAUCAAUGGUAUGGCGUGUUGGUGUGGUAAACUUACUUUCUAAUCGCCCUGAAUGUUUCUAAAUGUGUUGCCGCUGUUGAGACACAGGUUCUGAUCUCUCCGAUGUUUAUUUGAUCAAUUCCUUCGAUGAGUAGGACUGCUGAUUUCCUGAGAUUGCCCGCUUCCAAUGAUGUCUUCCUUGUAAAUGACAAACCAGUCAGCGGGGAGGACUGAUAUAGUUCACAAGGUCAUGUGUGUUUCUUGUUUUUUUCCAUAGUGAUGCACCCUGUAAUAUCUAAUGGGUGGUCAUUUUGCCUUGUGUGGAUCCAUGCUUUCCACAUCUUCUAAUCUAUGUAGUGUGAGGUCUUGGUCUAGGUUGCCAUAAUGUUAUCCAAAUACAGUCAAACGCAAUAUGAUCAACACAUUUACAGAAAUGCUUCUGAUUUCAACUGGCAUAUAUAUAUCCAAUUUGAAAGCGUGCACAUGUAUUUGUCCAAUACUGUAUUUAAUGUUAGUAGUGCUGGCCUAUACGCCAUGCUUCCAUUGUAGAUUUACCAGUCAACAAGGCUGAUCUGCUGUUCGAUAAGAAGUCCACUCGUCUCUAUUAGAACGUCUCCGGGAUUAAGAGACUUUAUCAUAUCGGAAUUUCAAAGAAUGUCUUUGGUAUGGAAUGCCAAUCACAUAUGAAUUUAAUGAUCCUGUUUAUACCAACGUAAUUCAUGUCGAGUUAGAAAGUAUGGUUCAUUUUUAUUAUAGAAAACCUUUACCAUUUUCAAUCAGAAUCCAUUUUUUCAUUAAACGAAGCUUUAGAACACUGUAAAUAUACAAUUCUAGUGCCAUUUUAGUGCUGACUGUGUUGCAUUAUGUAAAAAAAUGCCAUUUGUACUAGCUCUUUAUUAAUAAAAAGUGCAGUAGUUGUA